GGAGUAAGGCUCGGCAUAUCAGAAUCAUCAGUUUAAUCUCAGAGAGGGUGAGAGAGAGAGAGAGAUGAAGGGAUCGGUGGUGGUGACCGGAGCCUCGGGAUACGUCGGAUCAUGGCUAGUUAUGAAGCUUCUGCAGAAUGGAUACAUCGUCAGGGCCACCGUGAGAGACCCCUCGAAUCAGAAGAAGGUCAAGCCUCUGCUAGAUCUUCCGGGAUCGGCUGAGCGGCUCUCGAUCUGGAGAGCAGACUUGGACGAGGAAGGAAGCUUCGCUGAGGUGAUCAAGGGAUGUGAAGGAGUGUUCCAUGUGGCCACCCCCAUGGACUUCGAGUCCAAAGACCCUGAGAAUGAGAUCAUCAAGCCCACCGUUAAUGGGGUUUUGAGCAUCAUGAGGGCCUGCAAGGAAGCCGGCACGGUCAAGCGCGUCGUGUUCACUUCCUCGGCGGGCACCGUCAACGUGCAGGAGCACCAGCAGCCGGAGUACGACGAGAGCUCCUGGAGCAACAUGGAGUUCUGCCGCCGCGUCAAGAUGACAGGAUGGAUGUAUUUCGUGUCCAAAACACUGGCUGAGAAAGCGGCGUGGGAGUUCGCGAAGGAGAACGGCAUUCACUUCAUCAGCAUCAUCCCGACUCUGGUGGUCGGUCCUUUCAUCACCACCACCAUGCCGCCUAGUAUGAUCACUGCGCUGUCACUCAUCACAGGAAACGAAGCUCACUACUCGAUCUUGAGGCAAGUUCAACUAGUCCACUUGGACGACCUGUGUGACACCCACAUCUUCCUGUACGAGCACCCGAACGCACAAGGAAGAUACAUCUGCUCCUCCCAUGACGCCACCAUAUACGACCUCGCAAAGAUGUUCAAGGAACGAUACCCCCAGUACAUCAUCCCUCAAAAGUUUGAAGGGAUCGACGAAGACAUCUUAAGGGUGCACUUCUCCUCGAAGAAGCUCAUGGAGCUGGGGUACAAGUUCCAGUACACGAUGGAGGACAUGUUCGACGAAGCAAUCCGGUCGUGCUGCGAGAAGAAGCUGAUACCUUUCCGUACAGCCGAAGGCCAUGGCAGCGAGAUGGUGAAGAAGAAACCUGUGAACUCAGCAUCAGAGAGAGUGAGUGAGUUCAGUGAAAAGGAAGUCCUGAUUGCUUAGGUAGCGAUCUCUGCCGUAUCAGAUUCUUGUGCUGCAUCAGCACAGAUGCAUGAUUUAGUUUCAUUGGCAGAAUGGGAUUCUGAGUCUCCUUGAUGAACUUUUAUCUUAAGAAGAUUGAGUUGCUUGUCUUUGCA